UCUCAUUUCUAAGUAUUCCCGUCAAAUUCUGGGACGAAAAAAUAACUAUACCGUCCAUCCGAACAUCGCUCCAUCACAUAACACAGGGAGCCCACACAAACACAACUAAAAUCAAAAUGGCAGAUCUAAUAGAGCUUCGUUAUGCAUUUGUGAGCAGCUGAUCUCGUUCUGCGUUAAUCUUCUACAUGGAGUCGUUAUGGAAGUGGAAAGGCGAUGCUUUGCAAAUCUCCUGUUGCUGUAUUUUCUUUGUGAUUAUCUCGUGGAUCGUCACCAAGUUGUUUAGUUUUGGUAAACGCAGGGGUUUUCGAGUGGCCGACCCUCAUAAAGGACACCACUGGUUUUUCACAGAAUUCCUUGUUAAACCGUCAUAUUGUAACGUUUGUGAAAAUGCUUUAGUUAGAGGAGCACAUUGUGAGAACUGCGACAUCUCAGUACAUGAAGAAUGUGUAGAUGAAGGGAAUAAACGGUUUACUUGCAAAGCUCUUGUCUUGAGUAAGCGAGCUCACAUUAAACAUCACUGGAUUCGAGGGAACCUUCCUCUAUGCAGCUACUGCAGUGUUUGUGGUUGUCCUUGUGGUUUAGAACCACGAUUAUGUGAUCUAAGAUGCAUAUGGUGUCAAGAAAAAUCUCAUGAUGCUUGUUUGAGGAGUAAAUCUAAUGUUUGUGACUUUGGACGGUACAGAACGUUGAUUCUCCCUCCACACUGUAUAAGUUUAACUUUAGUUGGAUGGAGAAAAAACAAACAGAGAUUUGUAGUGCGCGAGGUAUCAUCGCCGAAAAUAAGGAACUGGAGUCCUUUACUUGUGUUUGCUAACUGUAAGAGUGGUGAUAAUGAGGGAGAGCGCCUACUGAGAGCAUUCAGAGGAGUAUUGAAUCCUGUUCAGGUCAUUGACUUGCAUGAAGUUUCCCCAGAUUCAGCUCUAGAGUUUUGUAAACUGCUGCCUGAUCAUAGCUGCAGAAUACUUGUAUGUGGAGGAGAUGGUAGUGUAGGGUGGGUCCUAGCUGCAUUGGAUAAAGUCAAGUUAAAGAAUUCACCUCACAUUGCCAUUCUGCCUCUUGGUACUGGGAAUGACCUUGCGCGGGUGUUAGGGUGGGGCAGUGGCUAUAAUGGUGAACAAGAUGUUAACGACAUUUUGGAAUCUCUUCUUAAAGCCAAAGUUACACCAUUAGAUAGAUGGUUAGUGACUAUAGAAUGCAGGAGUUACUUUGGAGUUAGAAAGCCAAGGAAAACCUUCAUAAUGAAUAAUUAUUUUUCUGUGGGAUGUGAUGCAAAAGUUGUGCUCAACUUUCAUCAGCAUAGAGAACGUCAGCCGGCACUUUUCUCAAGUCGUAUUUUUAAUAAGGCAAUGUAUGGUAUUUAUGGAGCAAGGGAUGUGUUGGAGCAAGAGUGCAAAAACUUGCAUGAACUAGUAAAGCUGGAAUUAGAUGGUCAAGUUAUUGAUCUACCAGAACUAGAGGGUAUUGUUGUACUAAACAUUGGAAGCUGGUGUGGGGGCUGUGAACUGUGGAAAGACAGAGAGAACAGAAAUGAAGAGAACAUGCAAGUACCAAGCAUGAAUGAUGGGAAGCUAGAGGUGUUUGGUCUAUAUUCCUCAUUACAUAUUGCAAGGCUUCAGGUUAACCUAGCAGACCCAUUGAUUCUUGGUCAAGCACAUUUCAUCAAGCUUACACUUCAAAAUACCAACCAUCUUCCAGUACAAGUUGAUGGAGAGCCCUGGGAACAAGCACCUUGUGUUAUCACUAUCUCACAUCAUAACCAGGCCUUAAUGCUGACCAAUCAACAUACAUGAGUUAGACCUUGAUUGCCAUGGGAAUGAAAGGGCUUACACUAGACAGGGUCCAAGGUCCAUGGGGAAAAGCAAAAUAUAAAAUAAAAACAAAACCAACACCUUCCAUCUCACAUGACAACCAUCACCUUCCA